CUUGCUCCAAGGGCCUUAUUUAGGUUGCGCAGGCGCCCGCUGGCCAUUUCUUCUCAGCCACGCCGGAGUCUUGUGUCUAGUGCGUUUCGACGACAGGACCCUCGGAGAGACGAUGAUGCUGGGCACCGAAGGCGGGGAGGGGUUCGUGGUGAAGGUCCGGGGCUUGCCCUGGUCUUGCUCGGCGGACGAAGUGCAGCGGUUUUUUUCUGACUGCAAAAUUCAAAAUGGGGCUCAAGGUAUUCGUUUCAUCUACACGAGAGAAGGCAGACCGAGUGGCGAGGCUUUUGUUGAACUCGAAUCAGAAGAUGAAGUCAAAUUGGCCCUGAAAAAAGACAGAGAAACUAUGGGACACAGAUAUGUUGAAGUAUUCAAGUCAAACAACGUUGAAAUGGAUUGGGUGUUGAAGCAUACUGGUCCAAAUAGUCCUGACACGGCCAAUGAUGGCUUUGUACGGCUUAGAGGACUCCCCUUUGGAUGUAGCAAGGAAGAAAUUGUUCAGUUCUUCUCAGGGUUGGAAAUCGUGCCAAAUGGGAUAACAUUGCCGGUGGACUUCCAGGGGAGGAGUACGGGGGAGGCCUUCGUGCAGUUUGCUUCACAGGAAAUAGCUGAAAAGGCUCUAAAGAAACACAAGGAAAGAAUAGGGCACAGGUAUAUCGAGAUCUUUAAGAGCAGUCGGGCUGAAGUUAGAACUCACUAUGAUCCACCACGAAAGCUUAUGGCCAUGCAGCGGCCAGGUCCCUAUGACAGACCUGGGGCUGGCAGAGGGUAUAACAGCAUUGGCAGAGGAGCUGGCUUUGAGAGGAUGAGGCGUGGUGCUUACGGUGGAGGCUAUGGAGGCUAUGACGAUUAUAAUGGCUAUAAUGAUGGCUAUGGAUUUGGGUCAGAUAGAUUUGGAAGAGACCUCAAUUAUUGUUUUUCAGGAAUGUCUGAUCACAGAUACGGGGAUGGUGGCUCUACUUUCCAGAGCACGACGGGGCACUGUGUACACAUGCGUGGAUUACCUUACAGAGCUACUGAGAAUGACAUUUAUAAUUUUUUUUCACCACUCAACCCUGUGCGAGUACACAUUGAAAUUGGUCCUGAUGGCAGAGUAACUGGUGAAGCAGACGUUGAGUUUGCAACUCAUGAAGAUGCCGUGGCAGCUAUGUCAAAAGACAAAGCAAAUAUGCAACACAGAUAUGUAGAACUCUUCUUGAAUUCUACAGCAGGAGCAAGCGGUGGUGCUUACGAACACAGAUAUGUAGAACUCUUCUUGAAUUCUACAGCAGGAGCAAGCGGUGGUGCUUAUGGUAGCCAAAUGAUGGGAGGCAUGGGCUUGUCAAACCAGUCCAGUUAUGGUGGCCCAGCCAGCCAGCAGCUGAGUGGUGGUUAUGGAGGCGGCUAUGGUGGCCAGAGCAGCAUGAGUGGAUAUGACCAAGUUUUACAGGAAAACUCCAGUGAUUUUCAAUCAAACAUUGCAUAGGUAGCCAAGGAGCAGUGAACAGCAGCUACUACAGUAGUGGAAGCCGUGCAUCUGUGGGCGUGAACGGAAUGGGAGGGAUGUCUGGCAUGUCCAGUAUGAGUGGUGGAUGGGGAAUGUAAUUGAUCCUGAUCACUGAUUCUUGGUCGACUUUUUUUAAGAAAAACAAAACCAGUUUAACAGUUUUUUGCAUUACAAGCUUGUGAUUUAUGCUUAGUCUACAAGUGGAAAUCAGGAUUGUUUUAAAGACUUGAGGUUGGGUAUUUUUGAACACUCAUCUAGGAUGUGACAGCAAAGUUGAGUAAAGUAUAACUGUUAAACAAGUUCCAGCUUUUCUCAAGUUAGUUAUGUAUUGUAGGAUGUACUUAAGCAGUUAGCGUAUUUAGGUUAAAGCAGUUGAGUUACGUUAAAUGUUGCUGUUAUACCACAUGAUACUGAACAUUGUUUGGAUGCAUGUUGAAAGACAUGCUUUUUUGUAAAACUCAAUAUAGGAGCUGUGUCUACAAUGAAAGUGAAACAUUUUGGCAUGUUUGUUAAUUCUAGUUUCAUUUAAUAACCUGUAAGGCACGUAAGUUUAAGCUUUUUUUUUUUUUUUUUUAAGUUAAUGGGGAAAUUUGAGACUCAAUACGAAUACUUUAGGAUUUUGGUCUUGGUGUUUGUAUGAAAUUCUGAGGCCUUGAUUUAAAUCUUUCAUUGUAUUGUGAUUUCCUUUUUAGGUAUAUUGCGCUAAGUGAAACUUGUCAAAUAAAUCUUCCUUUUAAAAACUGCA